UGAUACACCCGAACGGCGGCCCGACAUACAAUCGAGCGGAGAGCCUACCUGCUUUUCGCUUCGCUUCACGUCUGAAUCUUGAAUAUCUUCGCUUGUCUGUUAUCGCGCAGCCCUAGGGUGGUGUUGAGGGCCACCCCCAAGAGCUCACCAUGCUUCUUCCUAAAGGCGGCAUCACUUGGAAGUCCGCAAAGGCACAACUUCCACCUACCCGAGCGAUAUGGGUAUUUUUAACAAAAACGCGAGUCCUCUUGACGAUUGCCCUCGCAGGCAUCAUCUUAUUACUAUGGCGCGGUAUUAGAUCAUCCGCCGGUGAGAUGCAAAGGUACUAUCCGUUUUAUAAUAUCUCUAUUUCCCAAAAAGUAGGUCUUACUGAUUCUGCUUCUCUCAGCUUUUACUGCUGGGGUCCUUCCAAACCACCAAUGGACAUGACCCUCAAUGAGCAACAGGCAUGGAAUGCACAUUUACAGACUCCUGUCAUCUUCAACCAUCAUGCUCCCAUUACCAUCAACGAGUCCACGAUAACACAUGUCGACCUCAAUGGAAUUAAGUCGACGCGCCAGGCUCUCGACAAUCAGGAACGAGUUCUGAUUCUCACGCCUUUGAAAGAUGCUGCGCCUUACCUUUCCAAAUACUUCGAGCUCAUUGCCGAGCUUUCUUAUCCCCAUAACCUUAUCGACCUCGCCUUUCUUGUCGGAGAUUCGAACGAUGACACCAUGGCUGUGUUGGGUAUGGAACUGGAUCGCAUUCAAAAACGACCUGAUAAUAUCCCGUUCAGAAGCGUCACAGUCGUGGAGAAGAGCUUCGGUGUCCAUCUGAGUCAGUCUGUCGAGGACCGCCAUAGUUUCGAAGCCCAGGGCCCGCGACGCAAAGCAAUGGGCCGUGCCAGGAACUUUCUACUAUCCGCAUCACUGAAGCCCGAACAUUCCUGGGUUUACUGGCGUGAUGUUGACAUUGUCGACAGCCCCAAGAGGAUCCUUGAGGACUUCAUUGCCCAUGACCGAGACGUUUUGGUUCCAAAUAUCUGGUUCCACCGUUACGAGGGUGAGGGUGAUAACAAGUAUGAUAUUGAAGGCAGAUUCGAUUACAAUUCCUGGAUUGAGUCCGACAAGGCUCUUAAGCUUGCCUCUAAACUGGAUAAAAAUGUAGUUCUAGCAGAAGGUUACAAACAGUAUGACACUGGCCGAACCUACAUGGCACGGAUGGGUGAUUGGCGCAAUGACCCAGAUGAGGAAAUCGAGCUGGACGGUAUCGGAGGUGUAAACAUCCUAGUCAAGGCUGAUGUUCAUCGAUCAGGUAUCAAUUUCCCCUGCUAUGCAUUCGAGAACCAGGCGGAGACAGAGGGUUUCGCGAAAAUGGCCAAGAGAGCAGGCUAUGAAGUUAUUGGUCUGCCUAACUAUGUUGUCUGGCAUAUCGACACUGAAGAGAAGCCUGGUAAUGCGUAGACCAGUGGCACUCAUUGCCAGAAUCCAUGCAUUUUCUUUAUCUUGAUCGACAUAAUCGCAUUCCUUCUGUGUACCAAAUUGGUCCGCCGGUCUUAAGGCAUUUGAUGUCCAAAUGGGGGGGCAGGGAACGUAAUACUUACACGAGGAACAUGACACAUGCGCAAACAUCUAUUGCAUUAAACAUCAGAACCAUCAGAUAUGUUGGGCUAGGAGGCGUUGGGAAAAGGAAGGGAUAUUCGAUUCUCAUGCCGU